GCUCCGCGCGUUUUAAUAGGAUGGUGUCUCCACGGGAUCAAAUUUCAGCGUCACAUCUGGGGGCUGGAUUCGCGGUCCCUGAUGGGAGAGCAGGAGCAGGUGGUAUGUGGCUCGUCUCAGACCUCACUGACUCCUGUGGGAUCUUCUAGGUCUUUCUCACUGCCCAUCCUAACCCCCGGGGCUGGGAUCAUCUUUCACCCAGCUUUGGCUCCUAUCAUAAAUAAGAGGCCUGUGUUCAGGGCUGAGGCCUCUCUGGGGUGUCAGAGAGGGCGUGAGAGUGUCAGGACCUGGGAGCUGGUCUCAGUGCAGCCCUCUGUCCCCCCUACUCAAAGCAACCCUCUUCUGGCCGGCCUACCCCUGGACCCUGACUACUCUGUGCCUUGCUACUGCUCACCUCCGCCACCCUCCAACGUGUGUUUGCCUGCUGAUGAGAAGUGUGACAAGUGCUGCGGUUCGCUGAGGGGCUGCCCUGGGGCUGGGGAGCAAGAGGGGCUGGAGUGCUCUUCCUCAGAAAAGACCCAGGCCCUUCCAGGCCCUUCCUCAGAAAAGACCUUGGAAUAUACAUUUCACUGGUCCAGGACCCCAGAGCCAGAGACCUUGCAGCUGGCUGCACCCGAAAACACAGUGACAAUUGGAACCUGGAGGCCAGCGAGAGACUCGGGGCCUCAGUCGCAUGGGUCCCUCCCCAACUCAGACUCACAGGAGCACUGUAAUGACCAGGACCCUCCAAAGAGGCAUCACAGCAACUCUAAGAAGCCCUUGGAGACCAGCUCUUCCAAAACCAAAGUUAAGUCCAGUGUGAUGAUUCCCGAAUCCCAGAAGCUUCUGAGAUGUGAACUGGAGUCACUCAGGUAUCAGCUACAGGCCCAGACCAAGGCUUUCGAGUUCCUAAACCACUCAGUGACCAUGUUGGAGAAGGAGAGCUGCCUGCAGCAAAUCAAGAUCCAACAGCUUGAAGAGGUGCUGGGCCCCACGAGCCGCCAGGCAGACAAGGAGAGAAACAAGUGGGACGUGGAGGAGGGACGGCAGGAGCUAUAUGAGGCCCUGGCUAAAGGCCUGCAGGGGCUGCAGAAGACCCUGCAUGACAACGAGGAGGUGCAGCGGGCCCGUACCACCCGCUCUCUACAGCUGUUGGCGCAGGAGAUCCGGGACAGCAAGAAGUUCUUGUGGGAGGAGCUGGAGCUGGUGCGGGAGGAGGUGACCUUCAUUUAUCAAAAGCUCCAGGCGCAGGAAGAGGAGAUCACGGAGAACCUGGUGAACAUCCAGAAGUUGCAAAAGACACAGGUGAAGUGCCGCAAGGUCCUGACCAAAAUGAAGCAGCAGGGGUAUGAGACAUCCAAAUGGCCAGAGACUGAGAAGUUGCCACCAAGAGGCAGUGGCUCCUGGAGGGAUGACCUCCAGAAGGAGCUGGGUGACAUAUGGUCCGCUGUGCACCUGCUGCAGAACUCCUUUGAUGGCCUCGCCAUAUCCUCAGGGGGCCACCCUAGGGCCUGGAGCCUCAGGGCACCCACCAGGGUCCUCCCUCUCAACCUCCAGCCUUCCUUCCCUCCCGAAUCUAUUCUAAAACGCCCUGCCCCAAAGAGCAACAGAGGCCCCGCCCCGGAUCACGCUAAUGAGACUCCGCGAGGCCCCGCCUCACGGGUUAUGCAAAUAAUGCUCCCGGAGGCCCCACCCCUCUCCCCGCCGCGGAGUCUGCGCGGCGCGGCGCGGCGCGGCGCGGCCCGGCCGGCCGACGGCGUCUCCAUCUCUGCGUUCGCUCGCUGGCCGGCAGUCUGUCUGUCAGUCCCGCCGCGCCGGGGCCGUCUAGGUGGAGCCGGGGCUCAGGCGGCGGCAGUCUAGACCCGAGCAAGCCACGUGGAUGGGGCACUGGACCCAGAGUGCCUACCCUUACCUGCCUGGGCCUCAGUUUCCAAAUCUGUGCAAUGGGG